AGGCAAUCGCUUCCAGACCGGGGAGGAACCCCCCCCGGGAUGUUGCUUAUCUGAUAAAUCGGCCGCUCUCGCGACCAAGCAGCCCAAGCACAGCAGGUCCUCCAGCUCGGCCCAAAACCCCCUUCGUCCACACGGCCAGAGCUCGGGCGAACUGCAGCAAGUGGGCGGGCAGUAACACGGAGCACCACCUGGGAGGAGGAAGAAGAAGCAUCAUUCACCCGUUGGUGGGUUGGACACAAGACUGACUGCAGCAGUCAGUGCCUGAAAGGAAGAGAGACAGAUAUCGCCCGCAGCCAUCAGGCCGAGAGAGCCUGACUUGUCCUCUGUCAUUUCCCUUCUGUCCCUCUCCUGCCACUUGCUCCGUCACCUCGCCCUCUGACCUCACCUCGACCAACAUUACCACCUGCACUUGCCUGCUUCGCCAGCAGCUUCUUCGCAGCAAUCAGCCUUCAUCCCAGCACGACAGGCUGAUCCUCCUCGCACCUGGCUCUCGACCGAGCAAAUCCCCAAAUUUAAAGUGCUGCCGGGAGUCGCGAGGCUGAAGCCAACUUUUCCCCAAUUCCCAGGGCGCGGCGCACAUGUUUCUGAGCACCCAGACCAAACCGGCGGCCUGAAUCGACACUAGGGCCAGGGCCUCGACCCCGACAUUCGAACCGGCAUCCCCCUUCAUGUGCAACCGGCGAGGACCACAGUCAUGACGGACCCCGCGAAUCCAAGCGAGGGUGGCCCCCCAAAACAGCCUGCCGCCAUCGCAAGUGCAAGACACCCGGGUCACGAGCUGCCUCUGCCUCUGCCGUUCGCAGCGCCCUCUACGUUUCUUCAAUUGCGGGCUCCAGUCGCCAACAGGCCUCCGGCCAGCACUCAAAGUCGUACAGAGCACUCCUUGGCACCAGAGAAGCCCCUCAUGACGCCGCUCGACAAAGAGCAGAUGCAGGGUCUGAGGGCCAUACGCGAAUUCCUCAAGGUCCGAACCAGUUACGAUGUCCUGCCCCUAUCCUUCCGACUCAUCGUCCUCGACAAUGACCUUCUUAUCCGCACGAGUGUGAACAUCCUCAUGCAGAACAAUAUUGUGUCCGCUCCGCUGUGGGAUUCCAAGACGUCGACCUUUGCUGGUCUGCUUACGAGCACAGACUACAUCAACGUCAUUCAGUACUAUCUACAAAACCCCGAGAGGUUCGAGGAUGUGGAUCGACUCCGUCUAAGUAGCUUGCGAGAGGUUGAAAAGGCCAUUGGCGUCACGCCUCUAGAGACCGUUUCGUUCCACCCAGGGCGGCCCCUCUAUGAAGCAUGCCGGAAAAUGCUGCAGACCCGAGCGCGCAGGAUACCGCUGGUCGACAUUGAUGAUGAGACAGGCCGGGAGAGCGUGGUCAGCGUCAUCACGCAAUACCGAAUACUCAAGUUCAUCGCCGUGAACAAUGAGAAGAACACGAUGCUCCUGAAGAAGACCGUGCGGGAGCUCAAUCUCGGUUCCUAUGAUGACUUGGCCACGGCGAGCAUGAACAACACAGUCCUGGACGUGAUCCAGCUUAUGGUCAAAUACAAUAUCUCGGCGGUCCCGAUAGUGGAUACAGAGAACACCGUUAUCAAUGUCUUCGAAGCCAUCGACGUCAUCCCGUGCAUCAGAGGUGGUGCUUAUGAUGAGCUCCAGGGCACCGUUGGAGAGGCGCUGUGCAGACGGUCGGAUGACUUCCAGGGCAUUUACACCUGCACGGAAGAGGAUAGGCUCGAUUCGAUUUUCGAUACGGUUCGAAAGUCCAGGGUGCACCGAUUGAUUGUGGUAGACGACCACAGCAAGCUCAGGGGCAUCAUAUCCCUCUCCGACAUCCUGAAGUAUGUCCUGAUCCACGGAGAAGAAGAGCACAUGCGGGAGCAAGCAUGACCAGGCAGGAAACAGUCCUCGGCCCCUGGCCCACAUUCCCAUCAUCCCAGGCGUAUGGGACUAUUCUGCGUUUCGAGGCAUUUGCAGGGCGUUCGGAGAGGGUCAUGGACGGAAGAAGGUAUGAUUAAGGGAGGCUGGUUGCAUCGGCACAAUCUGAUUGCUGUGUCCGGCUGUUAUAGACCUUUCGGCGACGUACCGGGGACGCAGUACCGGAAGGCCGGCCCCCUCUAAUUUUGGGAUAUCAGAAGGAAGAUCGUCGACAACGAAAAUGUUUGUGCGCUUUAGAUAUAUCCAGAAGGGCAAAGGGCCUGGCUGUCGACAGCUGAGGACAAUAUCAGUGUCCUCUUACGACUAAUUCACUUGACUUUUGUCUUGCA